AUGCCGGGUUUGUUUCUGUCCUCAGCUGAUUUUGGCCUCUGCGCUCAGCUCAGCCCUGAGCAGGACCAGCGCAGCUCCAUGGUGGGCACUGCUCACUGGAUGGCCCCAGAAGUUGUGACCAGAUCUCCUUAUGGCCCCAAGGUGGACAUCUGGGCCUUUGGCACUGUGACCAUCGAGAUGGUAGAAGGAGAACCUCCUUACUUCAGGGAAAUGGCGGCCAUGGUGACAGCAGCACGUCUCAAUUUUUUCCCUGCGUCUGUAAAGGCUGUGGUGGCUCCUUCUAUGGGGCGCUCUCUUCUCAGCGGCCAAGUGAUCCAGUCCCAUUCUGUCAUCCAUUGCAGGACCCUGGGCACUAACUUGCUUGUCUCCACUUUUGCAGAUGAGGUCAAUAAUGCUUCCUGUGAGUGGAAUGGAGAAAGUCCAAGCAAUGGCAAUGACCCCAAAGGGUGGUGAUUGGUCAACACCACCCCCAGCUGUGUUAAAAUGUCCCUGCCUAUCAGGCAGGAGACCGUAGGAGGCAACUGAACGACUGAGAACACAACGGACACUUGUUGCCCAUCAAUGCACACCGACAGAGGCAGUGUUCUGCUUGCCAAGGUAAGUCCUCCUACUCCUGUGAGCAUGUUUGUUGAUGGGAGCAGGGGCCAAUGUUGUGGCCAUGCCUCUGGAGAUAUAAUGCUGGUGUCUGCUCCUGUAUCCAAUAAUUCAUAGAGGGUUAUGCUCUAAUGUCCAUGGGUGAUCUCAACUUUUUGUCUUGGUCUCUCCUCUAAGUCUACAGUCAAAAGUGUAAUACCAGUAGAGCCAAAACCCUUCUCAUCACAUCUUUGUCCAGUAAACGAUGGUAUACCCAAUGUCAUUUGUGGUAGUGGUACCAAUUAUGCGAUGCGUUGUCCUUUUGUUAUUUUAACUGGAGGAUAAGGGGUGUAAGCCAUGAUUUGUAUUUCCCCUGUAUAGUCUGCGUCUAUGACCCCAGGCAAUACAAAUAGUCCCAGCAUGGAUAUCGAGGAGCUUCCUAGUAAUAAUGCUCCACAUUUUUGUCCUUGUAGCGUGAGAGGACCAUUUACUCCAGUUGGUAUCCUUUCAGGCCGGCUCGUCAUUAAUGUGACAUCUACUGCUGCUGCUAUGUCCAAGCCGAGGCUCCCUGCUGUUGCUGGUUGCAGACAGAAGGUGGCGCUGAUGUCAUGGCCACAACUUGUGUCUGGGCACAGCCGCUGAUUGUGCUCCUCCGUCUGUUUCCCGAUCGGCGCCGACAAGCCGUGGUGUUGUGGGAGCUAGAUUGGCAGCUUUGGCAACACACGCUGGUCACUCUGCAUUCUCCGCGCAUGUGUCCCCCAUUGCCGCAUCGGUAACACUUGAGAUGUGAUCUCGAGCCUCCCUGCGUGACUGCCAUGGAGCCGUUUCGGAGAGGAGCAAGAGCAGCUAGCACUUGAUUUUGAGUGGAUUCUCCUUGUUUUUGCAGCCCUAAUCCUAAUUCCUUGAAGGCAUCUACUAAAAAUGUCUGUGAGAUUGUUGGCUGUAAUGCCAUUGGCUCUAGCGCUUCCUCAAUGGUCCAAUUUGCUCCCAGAGUGGCUAGCACCCUUUGCGUUGCUGGAUUGCUAUUUUGUAAGGCACACUGCUUUUAUAGUGCCCCCUUCAUAUAUUCUGCGAAUCCCGUCCAGUCUAUGCUGCAGCUGCUUUGUCAAUAAAACUCCCAAAUGAUUCCUCUCUACCUUGUUUUAUGCCCAUGUACGCCGGCAGCCCUCCUGGCUCUUUAACCUUCUCUAUGGCAGCACAUUCCAACCGCAUAGCUUCUCUAAGCUUAUCUGCUCCUGCUAUCAUCUGUGCCUCUGUGCGCAAAUAUGCCCCUAAGCCCAUGAGCUCAUCUAUUGUCACUCCAUGCAGCGGGUUCCCCUGAGCUCGCUGUGUCGCAACCGACUCAUUAACCAAGGCUUGCCAAUGCACAUUAAACAACAAUUGCUGAUACUGAGUAAAUAUCAACCGUACCAUCCCCCUCAAAUAAUUUGGGCACAAAAUCUGCGUAUUAAAGAGAUAAUCCAGCAUCUGCCUAACAGGUUAACUUUUUACACUGAACUGACUGACUGUGAACCGCAACUGAGAUAACAACUUCCAGUCUAAAGGGGUAUACUCCGCCAGAUCCUGUGUGUGGUUCCCCUGAGCAUCACACUGUGGCGUGUAUGUAACCGGACAGGCAAGAGCAGAAGCGGCCUCCAUAGCCUCAUCAUCUCCCGUUUGCAUUGCCUCUUUUGCCAGAGUAGCCCAAGCCUCCCUCCUCUGUUUAGCCAUCUCCUCCCAUAGGUCACUGAGUGCCCCUGGGAUAGGAUCUGACUCUCCAAGAGUUCUGCACUGUUGGCACUUCUGCGCAGGCCAUUCGGGUGGGGGAGGCGGCAGGCUCAGCUCGCCCUCUCUGUGGGGAGGCGGCAGGCUCGGCUCGCUCUCUCCACCGUUCUCCAACUCGUCCUCCUCCUCCGACAGAGGAGGUGCAGAUGGCCCCCCAGCGCCUGUAACAGGAUCCUCCAUACCACACUGUUGUGAACCCUUUGGUAUUAACACCUUGUUUACCAAAGGCGCAAGAGGAUCGUCCUCACAACCAUACCCUAUAUUCCUCUUAUGAGCUUCUAUCGCCCUUUCUGCUGCCUUGUGCUCAGAGACAUGCUGAAGCACUGUAUUGUGCACCACCCAACAUGGCUUGCCCAAUUUCUUUGCUGUCUUAUCAUCUUCUAACACCGCUUCCCACAGUAUAUCCCCAAAUUUUCUCCAUUCCGAGAGUUCAUGGACUGUAUGUGGGUUAAGGAAAACCCCCUUAGCAAAGCUGUAGGCUAACAACCCUGGUAGCUCCUUUUUUAUAUCUAUCCCCUUUACCCCUCGCCUUUCUAUAUACGCGGCGAAAAGAUCAUAUGCUGCUUGCCUAUCCAUACCUAUUCGUAUACAUCAGCACUGUUGCAGCUUUCCAGGCUCUGGCAGACACGUACGGCUCGAGUCACCGAUGUGAACCUCGAGGAUGCUUCAAAAUUCCGGCACCAUCUUGGCUGCGAUCAGGACCCAACUCCAACUUCCCUCGACCAUGGCGUGUCCCCCCCCGUUUUCUUUUUCAGCGAGACAUGGGGGCUAACGUUCGGGGUCACCAUUUGUUGAAGGAGGGAGACCAGCACACCAGAUGGUCAUCAAAAAGUCCCAUUUAUUGAAGAAAGCAUCAGACACUUAUACAGCAAGUAAUAAGCUUAUGAAUAUUCUGUAAGCCAAGCGAUCUAUUGGUUAAACUUUACCAUCAACUCUUCCUCAUUCCUUUGGGCCUACGUUCUCUAUUUCUUACAUCUCUCUGUCCACUCAUUAUCAUACUCAGCUAGGCCCAAGGACACGCUAUCUUGCAGGUGCAGGACUUGGAAUUAGCCACGGCCUUGUACUUUUCCAUUCUCUAGUCAGCUAAAUUCCCAACAGACACCCUGCCUGCAAAAAAGGGCCUCUGCCCUAGUUAGGAUAUCUUUACCAAAUUGAUUCGGCUGUGUCCCGUCUCCUCAAGCCACUCUUUGACAAAACUCUCCACACUCCCGCAUCCAUUUCAGCGACGCAUUAAGCUGACACUUCCCAGCCAAUAAGAUCGCAUACCGCUGAUGACUCAUCUGUUCCUUGGUAGAUCCCCAGCGCAGAGUGCCCCGCGCUGGAUGCGGCCGCCCAGUGCCGCGCACUUCACUCCCAGUUGCUCCCAGUGCCACCACAGCCCCUCCCAGUCCUUCCCAGUCUCAUCCCUGCUCCCCAAGUCAAUUCCCAGUCUAUUCCCAGUCCCUCCCAGUCGCCCCCUGUCCCUCCAAGUCCAUUCCGAGUCCCUCCCACUCUAUUCCCAGUCCCUCUCCAGCCCAGCCCAGCCCUCCCUUCUCUCUCCCAGUGCCUCGCAGCUGAUCCCAGUGUGUCCCUGC